UUUAGGUCGCAACGAAGCCAAGUAUACCCGCUGAUGUUUGGUUCACAAACGAUUCCUGUUUUCUGUCACAUGGGAAACUUUGGAUGUGGGGAUGGAGGAUGGACGCUGGCCAUGAAGAUUUCCGGCACGCAGGUUAACUCCCUGUCUCCUGUGCGAAACUCUUGAAAUUUUUGAAAUGAACAUAGGCAAAUCAAAAAUGGAAUUCUUGUCUUUCAGAGAACUUUCCAUUACGAUUCCCAAUUCUGGAGCAACAGAGAUGCCUAUAACUUUGCUGGAGGCAAGACUGGCUUUGAUUCCCAAGAGACUAAGUUACCAACCUACUGGAACACAUCCUUCUCCAAGAUCUGCCUCGGUAUGAAGAUUAAUCAUCAGCUCAGGUUCAUUGUCAUCAACAGGCACGCCAACUCACUGUUCUCACUGAUCGCUGAUGGGAAAUACCGUGCCACCUCACUGGGUCGUAACACGUGGAAGUCGCUGGUUGGUCCACAGGCUUCCUUGCAGCUCAACUGCAAUAAGGAAGGAUUCAAUGCAGUGGGAGACAGCCCUAGUCAUUCCAAAGCAAGAAUCGGCAUCAUUGCUAACGAGCAGAAUGACUGUGGUUCCUGUGACUCCCGAAUUGGUUUUGGCACAGGAGGUUUCUCUGAUGAUUCCAACACGUGUGGAAAUGAGGCAACGUACUCGCCAGAUAAUGGAAACAAGCACAUCAAAGCCAUGGGUUACAUCCUGGUACAGUGA